AUGAGCAAAAAAUGCCAGAUACCGAGAUAUGAUUCGAAAAAACUGAUCAAACACGCCCCUUUAAGGCCUUAUGUGCAUACGGAAUUGGACACAACGGUGUACGUCAAGUCGAGUACGCCGUUCAUGUCUGCGGUAAAACGGAUUGAGAAGAUGAUGUCGAAGUUUGAGGAGAUACCGAACAAAAAAGGCAACCUGAUACGAAGGGGAAAUGUCAGCCUGAAGUGCAAAUUCAUCACUGUGCGUGGGAUGGGCAAGUCCAUAGACAAGGUGGUCAACCUCGGACUCCAUUUCAAAUUCGAGGAGAAGUGCACGGUGGACAUAUUCACCAAGAGUGUAGGGGUGUUAGACGAGUUUGUUUGCAAGGAGACAGACAAGGAGGAGAAAGAAGAUGUACCGGGGGAAGAGGAGGGAGAGGACGACAGUGUUCUACGAAAGCGGAAUGUUGGAGCGAUAGAGGUUAGGAUAUAUAUUUAG